GUGAACACGACCUACCUUAGGCCUGCCGCUGAGGGCACAAAGGUCUAUGUCGAGAGCUGGGUCGUCCACCUUGGGAAACGAUUAGGCCAGACGAGGGGUUUGAUGAGGCUGGGGUCUGAAGACGGCAAACCCCCAGAUGUGCCCUCACGGUCGAGCCCUGCGCCGAGUACUCACAAAGCAGAGCAGAACGACAGCCUGGAUGCCGAAUCUUCCACAACCUCUUCCAAGCCAGCGACCGAUGCUGCCCCUACAGCCUCCGCCGCCCCGCGCUCGCCCGCAGGACGCGGCCCCCGGCGGCGACAGUAUGGCCUGCAAUCGACCAAGCUUGAGGCUGUUGAUGAUCCGCUGGGCCCUCUGGGCGCUCCUUCGCCGUCGACAGGCCCUGAAGUUGCUCCUCCAGCGCCGCCUCAGAAGGAAGCUGCUGCGUCGCGCACCACUCGGGCCGCCCCCGACGCCUCCACGCCUUCGCUGCGCGGCAUGAUGGAUUCGGUCGACCUUGACGACGACGACGCGCAGCUACGCUCUUCCCAAGGAGCUAGAGUACCGCCUCCAGUACAGGCUCCUUCGAAUGCCGCACCUCAGCGCCAGACACAGCCAAGCGUCAGCGUUGAGCAGGCCGCGAAGCCGUCCUUUGCCAUUUCGGUGGGCGACCCUCACAAAGUCGGUGACCUCACGAGCUCGCACACAGAAUACUCCGUCACUACCAAGACGACGUCCAAGGGCUACCGCAACCCCGAAUUUACCGUCUCGCGCCGCUACCGCGACUUCCUCUGGCUGUACACACAACUGCACAACAACAACCCCGGAAUCAUUAUCCCUCCACCACCGGAGAAACAGGCCGUUGGGCGCUUCGAAGCCGAUUUUGUUGAGUCGCGACGCUCUGCUUUGGAACGUAUGCUCAACAAGUCGGCUGCGCAUCCAGUAUUGCAACACGACAGUGACUUGAAGCUAUUCCUAGAAAGCGAAGCCUUCAACAUGGACAUCAAGAACAAGGAGCGCAAAGACCCCGGCAUAAGCGAAAGCAAAGGCAUGUUUGGCUCUAUGCUCUCUGGCAGCAGUGGUAAAUUCGUUGAACACGACGACCGGAAAGGUCUAGCUGAGGCGUGUGGCGACUUCUCGGCUUCUCUGCAUUCUUUGUCUGCUGUCGAAUUAUCACCAUCUCUGUCUGGUCCGCUCGAUAGCCUAUCCGAUAUCCAGAUUCGUAUUCGAGAGCUUUACGAGCGCCAAGCCCAACAAGACAUCCUCACCAUGGGUAUCGUAAUAGACGAGUACAUUCGUUUGAUAGGUUCUGUAAAGACCGCGUUCCAGCAGCGACAGAAAGCCUACCAUUCCUGGCAUUCUGCCGAACAGGAGCUACAGAAGCGGAAAACCAAUCAGGACAAACUCUUGAGGCAAGGCAGAUCACAGCAAGACCGUCUGAACCAGCUCAGCGCCGACGUUGCAGAUGCCGAACGCAAGGUCCACCAAGCAAGGCUGCUUUUCGAUGAUAUGGGUCGUCUGAUGCGCAGUGAGCUAGAGCGCUUUGAGAGAGAGAAGGUCGAAGACUUCAAAUCAGGCGUGGAAACCUUCUUAGAGAGUGCUGUAGAAGCACAGAAGGAACUCAUCGAGAUUUGGGAGACUUUCCUGAUGCAAUUAGACACGGAUGAAGGCGAUACUUUCGUCCCUCCCGCGGGUGUCGUUGCUUCGUCGAACGUGGAUGAGGCACCAAGUAACGAUUCUACCAACAACCAAGACUCAGAAAGACCGGAAUCGUGCGAAAGCAUUGCAAACAAUACACAUAACGUCCAUCCCACCAUCAUGCCGCUAUACUACAUCGCAACAUCCACUUUCGAAUGGUUUCCAGGAGUGCAAAUACACCACUCCACGGAUCUCGCUAACUGGGAGCUCGGAAUCAGAAUGCAAGAAUGGGAUCCUGAAACGAAGAAACUUGUUGGCCCGUGGAAGACUAUCUUCCCCGGUAGCGACUUGGCUCUGGUAGAAGGCCCACAUCUGUACAAGCGGAACGGGUGGUACUACUUGUUGACUGCUGAGGGCGGCACAGCAUAUGAACACGCCUGUACCUUGGCACGAUCCCGUGAUAUCUGGGGCCCAUACGAAUUGCACCCUCAAAAGCACAUCAUCACUUCCAAAGACGCGCCGCUAGCUUCGCUACAAAGGGCGGGUCACGGAGAUAUAGUCGACACUCCGGACGGCAAGACAUACAUUGUCCAUCUGGCUGGUCGCCCUACCACACAAUUUCGUCGCUGUGUUCUUGGGCGUGAAUGCGCUAUUCAAGAGGCUUACUGGGACAAGGAUGAUUGGCUAUAUGUCAAGAAUGGACCCAUUCCAUCUCUUCAUGUCGACCUACCAGCAGCGCGCGACGACACCGCAUACUGGUCUGAGCAGCGCUACGAAUUCAACAGCAAAGAUGGUCUCCACAAGGACUUCCAGUGGCUCCGCACACCGGAGCCAGAGCGCAUCUUCAACGUCAAAGAUGGUGCUCUGCAACUCAUUGGGCGCGAGGCCGUUGGAUCCUGGUUCGAACAAGCCCUUGUUGCACGCCGUCAAACGCAUUUCUCGUAUGAUGCCGAAACAGUCGUUAGCUUCAGCCCAGACGAUGAACGCACAUUCGCAGGUCUGACUGCCUACUACUGCCGCUUCAACUUCUUCUACCUGACCGUCACGGCCGACUCUGAUGGCAAGCGCGAACUCCUCAUCUUGAGCUCGGAAGCUUCGUGGCCGGACGGCAAUUUGAAACUCCCGCUCGCGGACCCGGUAUCACUCCCACAAGAGGGCAAGGUACGAUUGGCGCUGAGCAUUCGGGGUAGAAAACUCCAAUUUAGAUACGCGCUAGAGGGACAGAAGGACUUGACAGAGAUUGGACCGGUCUACGAUGCCUCGAUUCUGAGUGAUGAGUGCGGUGGUCAUCAAGCGCAUGGAAGCUUCACGGGCGCAUUCGUGGGUAUGGCAGCAUCUGAUAUCAACGGCACAGAGAAGGUAGCGUCGUUUGACUACUUCAUAUACAGGCCUGCUCACCACGAAACGGACCGCUACGAUAUGUGA